ACCCAACCAGUGUCGACCCCAGCCAUCUAUUAUGCUUCUUCGCAAUAAAAGCUACCCGAAAAUCUGCAAGGAAAACGCUACCGGAGCUGCUUGGAGUAAAACGUGCUGACACUCAGGUCCUGAGAUGGGAUGUGUGUGUCGAGGUGGGACUAAGGAGCAGCAAGAGGAUCGUUGUAACUGAGCUAAGAGACGUACAGACGUCAUUCAAGCAACUUCUUUCCCUUAACUGAGCAGCAUGUCAGUAGUCACAUCCCCUGCCCAGGUGCCUCCACCUAUUGUGAACCCUCCCCCUCCUGAGGUCACGAACUCCAGUAAGCCUGGCCGAAAAACCAACCAGCUACAAUAUAUGCAGAAUGUGGUUGUGAAGACUCUAUGGAAGCAUCAGUUUGCGUGGCCCUUUUACACACCUGUGGAUGCCAUCAAGUUGAAUCUGCCAGACUACCAUAAAAUUAUCAAGAAUCCAAUGGACAUGGGAACCAUAAAGAAGCGCCUUGAGAAUAAUUACUAUUGGACUGCUGGAGAGUGCAUGCAGGAUUUUAACACUAUGUUCACAAACUGUUAUAUCUAUAACAAGCCCACAGAUGACAUUGUUCUCAUGGCUCAAGCCUUGGAAAAGAUUUUCCUCCAAAAGGUAGCUCAGAUGCCUCAGGAGGAGGUGGAACUUUACCCCACCCACGAAGGGCAAAGCACAGAAACCCGGAGCACCCCGGCUUCAGAAAACCAACAAUCAAUAGCACUGACUACCGGUUCUCCAUCCUCGUCGUGUCCGAGCUCCCCUCCUCAGCUGGCUCAGACUCCUGUAAUAGCAGCGACUCCUGUCUCGACCAUCACCUCCAAUGUCCAAGCUGUGCCCCCCGCCGCGUCCAUGAUCCCAACUGCACAGCCCGUCGUCAAAAAGAAAGGGGUGAAGCGGAAAGCAGACACUACCACACCCACAACCUGCGCGAUCACUGCCAGCAGAAGUGAGUCGCCCACUGCCAUGCUGGAGUCUAAACACAGUAAAGUCAUUUCCAGACGAGAGAGCACAGGCCGACCCAUCAAACCUCCCAAAAGGACCUGGAGGACGGGCGUACAACAACAAGGCAACAAGAAAAGCAAGCUCAACGAUCAUCUCAAAUACUGUGACACUAUCCUUAAAGAGAUGCUCUCCAAGAAACAUGCGGCCUACGCCUGGCCCUUCUACAAGCCUGUAGAUGCGGAGGCCCUCGAGCUGCACGAUUAUCACGAAAUCAUCAAGCAACCAAUGGACCUCAGCACUGUCAAAAAAAAGAUGGACGGUCGAGAAUACCAAGACGCCCAAAGUUUCGCAGCAGAUAUUCGGUUAAUGUUCUCAAAUUGUUACAAAUACAACCCGCCCGAUCACGAGGUCGUUGCCAUGGCAAGAAAACUCCAGGAUGUGUUUGAGAUGAAAUUCGCCAAGAUGCCCGAUGAACCCGCGGAGCCGUCCUCUCCCAGCGCGGUGUCAGCCACGGCAGUGGUGAGCAAGAGCACGGGCAGCAGCGAGAGCAGCGCCGACUCUUCCAGCUCCAGCUCCGACUCGGAGGAGGAACGGGCCACUCGGCUGGCUGAGCUGCAGGAACAGCUGAAGGCUGUUCAUGAACAGCUAGCCGCUCUGUCACAGGGUCCUGUGAGCAAACCAAAGAAAAAGAAAGAGAAGAAAGAAAAAGAGAAGAAGAAAAAAGAUAAAGAGAAGGACAAAGACAAAAACAAGGUCAAGGCGGAAGAUGACAAAAAGGCCAAGUCCUCGCAACCGAAUAAGCAAACUCAGCAGAAGAAGACCUCCGCACGGAAACCCAACAGCACGUCCACCACGAGGCAACCGAAAAAAGGGGGAAAACCUGGCUCUGCGAACUACGAGUCUGACGAGGAGGAGUCUCUUCCCAUGUCUUAUGACGAGAAACGGCAGCUCAGCCUGGAUAUCAACCGUUUGCCGGGUGAGAAACUGGGCCGCGUGGUCCACAUCAUCCAGUCGCGCGAGCGAGCCGUCAUGCGAGACUCCAACCCGGACGAGAUCGAGAUCGACUUCGAGACGCUCAAGCCUUCCACGUUGCGUGAGCUCGAACGAUACGUCAAGUCUUGUUUACAGAAAAAGCAACGCAAACCUUUACCGGGCACUGGGAAAAAGAGUGCCAAGUCUAAAGAGGAACUGGUUCAGGAAAAGAAGAAAGAGUUAGAAAAGAGGCUACAGGACGUGAGCGGACAACUGAACAACAACAAGAAACCACCCAAAAAAGAGAAGGCGGGGUCUGCGCAGGGGGGCGGGCCAUCUCGGCUGAGUGGCAGCAGCAGCUCUUCGGAUUCGGGCAGCAGCAGCUCCAGCGGCUCCAGCUCCGAGAGCAGUGACUCAGACUGAACUCCGCGUACUUCAACCUCCUCUAUUUUCUAACGAGUAGUGUGUGUUGUCAUGAUAGUAUCUCUCUGAAGGCCCCGUUUUAUAAAGAGCUAGACGCAUUGCAGAUGGCAGAGGAUAUUUUAAAAUAGUUCGUAGGAUGCUCUUGGCUCAGACAAAGAGGAGAGUUGGAAUAGUUCAAGCAGUUUUAAGGUUCUCGCUGGCCCUCAAAGGGAAACGUCUGGUAUCACCAGAGGAAAAAAAAAGACAAAAAAAAGAUAUUUUUUUGAAAAUAAGUCGGCUGUGGAGGUGAAACGGUUGUGUGUGUGUGUCUGUUUUUUUCUUUUUUUUUUUUUUUUUUUUAGGUUGCUGCUCGUUAGAUCCAUACUGAAAACACGCAUUAGUGGAAAAACUGACAAAUGCCUGGCUGCAUUUUUUUUACUGAUCGAGUAGCUACACAAGUCUGAAGGAACAAACAAUGAUAUCGGCUCUCUCGCUCUGGUGUGGUUCUGUCAUGUUGGCAUGACACUUCAGCUCAUUCCACGUUUCUUUUGCUGACUAUGAUAAUACUCGUAAUUGUUACCAUUUUUAAGAGAAUCUAUUUAUUUUUUUUAAUCCAAAAAGGCACAAG